UUUUCCGUACCUUGGAGACAUCAUGCCUCGUCAGUGUGUUGUCGGAGGGUGUAACAACACCAACAGGGAGGGAUUCAAGUUGCACCACUGGCCCAAAGAUGCGAAAGUGGCAAGAAAUUGGACGAAAUUUGUUCAAAAUACGAGGGUGUGGGGAAAGCCGACGAAAUGGUCAGUGGUUUGUUCCGCACACUUUACCGACGACAGCUAUGCUACGACAGAGAUGGCAAGAAUGUUUGGAUAUCCUGCGACACUCAAAGCAGAUGCAUUUCCAACGAUAAAGUCAAAUAAAUCUGCCGCCAGACCCCCAUUGAACGUGCCGAAGUGUGUGAGCUAUUCAGGGACAAAGGAACUUGAUAGCACGGCAAGCAAUGGCGGCAAUUUGUUCCCGCAGACGAGCGAGCUAAACCCCCUGGAUGUCUUGGCUCACACCGCUUCUACCGAAGAUGAUCAAGUGAAGAAUAUGGGCCCUAGCUUCCCUGGCCUGCUGACAUCAACUCCAAAACUGGACAGAUCAGCUUUCAGGAAAAGAGAACGGAUGAGAGUGUUACAGGACAUUUUUUCGAACUCUUAUCGACAUUCCACUGAAGAGGAUGAUUAUCAAACUUUUUCAAGAGCGCAUAUUGGAGUUCAGAUAUACCCUGAUGUGAAGUCUAAAGACGUCCAGCAGCCCCCCCACAUUAAAGAGGAAGAGGAGGAUCCACAGCCCCCCCACAUUAAAGAGGAAGAGGAGGAAGUGUGGAUGAGUCAGGAGGGAGAGUGUCCUGUAGGGCAGGAGGAGGCUGAUGUCAGCAAGUUUCCACCGACUGUUGUCUCUGUGAAGACUGAAGAGCAUGAAGACAAACCACCUGAGUCCUCACAGCUUCAUCACAGUCCAAACGUCCAGCAGGUGUCAGCAGAGAGUCAUGAAGAGAUUCCCUCCAAGCAGCAGGAGUGGAGCUCCAGUGUGGGACAGAAGGAGCUACAGGCCCCCUCCCACAUUAAAGAGGAGCAGCUUCAUGAUGAAGUAGAAGCUCAGUCCUUACAGCUUCAUCACAGUCAAAGUGAGGAGAACAGAGGGGCGGAGCUUGUAAGUCAACACAUCACAGAAGCUGAUGGAGAGCAUUGUGAAGAUAUAAAGUCAGAACCAGACAGCAUCUUUGCUCCACUGUCAGACAUGGACCACAUCAUGUCACACUCUUCUGAUCACAGUGACCACAUCCAAAAACCAUUGGAGAGUAAAAAUGACUCCAAAGGUGAUCACACUAACAACAAACACUUGGACUGCUCUGAAUGUGGGAAAUCAUUUAAACACAAGAGUUAUAUUACAAUACACAUGAGAAUACAUACUGGAGGUAAACCUUUUACUUGCUCUGUUUGUAAGAAGAGUUUCUCCAGAAAGCUUGACAUGACCAUACACAUGAGAACACACACUGGAGAGAAACCUUUUACUUGCUCUGUUUGUAAGAAGAGUUUCUCCACAAAGCUUGUCAUGUCCACACACAUGAGAACACAUGCUGGAGAGAAACCUGUUACUUGCUCUAUUUGUAAGAAGAGUUUCUCCACAAAGGUUGUCAUGACCACACACAUGAGAACACAUACUGGAGAGAAACCUGUUACUUGCUCUAUUUGUAAGAAGAGUUUCUCCACAAAGCUUGUCAUGUCCACACACAUGAGAACACAUGCUGGAGAGAAACCUGUUACUUGCUCUAUUUGUAAGAAGAGUUUCUCCACAAAGGUUGUCAUGACCACACACAUGAGAACACAUACUGGAGAGAAACCUGUUACUUGCUCUAUUUGUAAGAAGAGUUUCUCCACAAAGCUUGUCAUGACCACACACAUGAGAACACAUACUGGGGAGAAACCUGUUACUUGCUCUAUUUGUAAGAAGAGUUUCUCCAGAAAGCAAUACAUGACCAAACACAUGAGAACACACACUGGAGAGAACCCGUUGAGUUGCACUGUGUGUGAUAAAAGGUUCAGGUAUAAGUAUCAGGUCAGUAAACACAAGUGUGCAACAGUCAUGGAAGCUGCAGGGAUUUAAAAACACUUAGUGAUUGUGCUAAAUGUACUCUAAUACCACAGCAUGUUUAAAGGGGAACAUUAUUACCAGACAUAUGUAAGCGUCAAUAUAUACCUUGAUGUUGCAGAAGAAAGACCACAUGUUUUUUAACCGAUUUCCGAACUCUAAAAGGGCGAAUUUGGCGAUUUAAACACCUCUCAAUUGUUCGCUGUCGGAGCGAUGACCUUUUACCCGUGACAUCACAAUGGGAAGCAAUCCACCAUUUCCUCAAACACAUUACACACACAAGUCAAAUCAGCUCUGUUAUUUUCCGUUUUUUCUACUGUUUUCCGUACCUUGGAGACAUCAUGCCUCGUCGGUGGGUUGUCUGAGGGUGUAACAACACGAUCAGGAACGGAUUCAAGUUGGAAUGUGCAUUGAUUAGAACGUCAUGCUAAUCAAUGCUAACAUGCUAUUUAGGCUAGCUGUAGGUACAUAUCGCAUCGCUAUGCCUCAUUUGCACCUAUAUUUACAUCCAGCCUUUCUCUCCACCCACAUUUAAGGCCAAACAAACACAUACUAAUCGACAGAUUCAAGUUGCACCAUUGUCAAAAGAUGCGAAAGUCCCUUGUUUGUUCUGCACAUUUUACCGGCGAUGCUACGACAGACAUGGCACAGAGGUGUGGAUAUCCUGUGACACUCAAAGCAGAUGCAUUUCCAACGAUAAAGUCAACGAAAUCACAAAGGUGAGUUUUGUUGAUGUUAUUGACUUAUGUGCUAAUCAGACAUAUUUGUACACGGCAUGACUGCCAGCUAAUCAAUGCUAACAUUCUAUUUAGGCUAGUUGUAUGUACAUUUGUAGCUAUAUUUGCAUCCAGCCUUUCCCUCCACCCACAUUUAAUGCCAAACAAACACUUACCAAUCGACAUAUUUAAGUUGCUCCAGUGGUCAAAAGAUGCAAUCUUUGGUUAGAAGGCGAUCGCUGAAUAGCUUCAAUAGCUAUUCGCUCAAUAGCUUCAGUUUCUUCUUCAAUUUAAUUUUUGCUAUCUGCUUCCACACUCCAACCAUCCGUUUCAAUACAUGCGAUAUCUGUGGAAUCGCUUAAAGGGGAACAUUAUCACCAGACCUAUGUAAGCGUCAAUAUAUACCUUGA